GAAAACGGAGUUUUGAGUUUUAUAUUAUAGCAUUUCUCUUUGUUUAUUGCUACUACUUGGUUUUUGACCAUAAAGAAUCAAAAGAAUAAACCACACCUUUUUGAGGGAAAUAAAUUAAAGAAGAAGAAGAGAGAAACAAAUUUUUCUUUCUACUCUUCUGUCUAUAUAUAAAUAUAUAAUAUAUUUCUCUGAUCACAAUAAUAUAUCACAAAUUUAUUGCAUUGAAUGAACAAUGGAAAGCUCUAGAGAAAUGAGUAAGGAGGUGAAAACACCAUUGCUAAGAUCAACCAGUGAUGAUGAUGAUAGUAGUGAUGAGAUUGAGAGUACAUUUAUUCAAGAACUGAAGAAGGUGAGUUUCAUGGCAGCUCCAAUGGUAGCUGUCACUGUUUCACAAUACCUUCUUCAAGUUGUUUCUCUUAUGAUGGUUGGACAUCUUGGGAUUCUUGUUUCAUUCUCUGGUGUUUCCAUUGCCAUGUCUUUUGCUGAAGUCACUGGUUUCAGUGUCCUUUUGGGAAUGGCUGGAGCAUUGGAAACACUAUGUGGACAAACAUAUGGUGCAGAGGAGUAUGGAAAACUAGGAAACUACACUUGCUGCGCAAUUUUAACUCUAAUCGCGGUUUGUUUCCCUAUAUCUCUGGUGUGGAUAUUCACAGAUAAAAUCCUAUUAAUGUUUAGUCAAGACCCUGGAAUGUCUCACGUAGCUCGUGAGUACUGCAUAUACCUCAUUCCAGGUCUAUUCGGCUAUGCAGUUCUUCAAGCAUUGAUUCGCUAUUACCAAACUCAGAGUAUGAUCUUUCCCAUGGUUUUUAGCUCAAUUACAUCUCUAUUUUUGCACAUUCCUAUUUGUUGGAUUCUUGUGUUUAAAUUUGGAAUGGGACACAUUGGAGCUGCUUUAGCUAUUGGAAUAUCUUAUUGGUUGAAUGUGAUUUGGCUUUGGGUUUAUAUUAAGUACUCUCCAUCAUGUCAAAAAACCAAGAUUGUGUUUUCUACUCAUGCUUUACUUUACCUACCAGAGUUCUUCAAAUAUGCUAUUCCUUCUGGACUCAUGUUUUGUUUUGAAUGGUGGUCCUUUGAGCUGCUUAUAUUAAUUGCUGGGAUUUUACCUAAUCCUCAACUUGAAACCUCAGUUCUUUCUGUCUGCCUGAAUACUACCACAUUGCAUUACUUCAUUCCAUAUGCUAUUGGAGCUUCUGCAAGUACUCGUGUUUCGAAUGAAUUAGGAGCAGGGAAUCCAAAGACAGCUAAGGGAGCUGUUCGAGUUGUUGUGAUUAUUGGAAUAGCAGAGGCAAUUAUUGUCAGCACAUUCUUCAUUUGUUUUCGAAAUAUUUUAGGAUAUGCUUAUAGCAAUGAUGAACAAGUUGUGAAUUACAUUGCCGAUAUGGUUCCUCUUCUUUGUGUUUCUGUUAGUGCGGAUAGUCUAAUCGGAGCACUCUCCGGGGUUGCUAGAGGAGGUGGAUUUCAGCAAAUGGGGGCAUAUGUGAACCUUGGAGCUUACUAUCUUGUUGGAAUUCCAUUAGGUUUGUUAUUAGGAUUUCAUCUAAAACUAAAUGCAAAGGGUUUGUGGAUGGGAACUCUAUCAGGAUCUGUUCUAAAUGUCAUUAUACUAGCUACUGUAACCGCAUUAACUGAUUGGCAAAAAGAGGCAACAAAAGCAAGGGAGAGGAUAGUUGACCAGUCAAUAAAAAGUAGUAAUAACAGUAACACAUUGGUGGUGGUGGCAUGAAAAGAAAAUUGAAGCAGAAAUUUGUUUUCUUGUUUGUUUCUGUUUCUCUUACAAUCAAUGUCACGUACCCCUGCAACACAAUGAAAUUUAAGAUAGGAAAAAUAGAUCGAUAAUUGAGAAAGAUAGAGAGAGAGAGAGAGAGAGAGAGAGAGAGAGAGAGUUCAUGCAUGUUGUUGUGCCUUUUCAUCAUUUUAUUUAUUUAUUUAUAUAGCUGUUUCAUGGUUGUUCAAGUGUUUUCUAAUUUUUGUGGAUGAAGAGAUUUAAUUGCAUAAGUUAAUAUAAUUUUGUU